ACGGACUGGGUUGCACCCACUGGCGAAAACAACAUGUGUUCUGUUAUUUGCCAGAUACAUUCUCACAGUGAAAUUAAAAUAACAACUUAAAGCUUUGACUCGACAAUAGCAUCAGUUACAUAGUUUCAACUAAAGUAAGCUAAGUUAUAACAUUGUUUUUAGGAAGUAUUCAUCAUGAACCGAAGAUGGUGCCAAUAAUUUAAUCCUCAUGUUUGGUCCAGUGCUGUGUAGAUUACCAGGAGGCAUCAAGACGCGCAUCCUCCGGCCAGUAGCCAGUGUUUUCACCAGCACCUCCAGAAUGGCCAAGAGCAAGUUUGAGUAUGUCCGUAACUUUGAGACAGACGACACCUGUCUGAAAAACUGUUACAUCGUGGUGCGUUUGGAUGGAAGGAACUUCCACAAGUUUGCAGAGCAGCACAACUUCAUGAAGCCCAACGACGACAGAGCUCUGGGCCUGAUGACGUGCAGCGCCAGGUCUGUCAUGGAGGACCUGGAUGACAUCAUCAUAUCGUACGGACAAAGUGACGAGUUCAGCUUCGUCUUCAAGAGGACCUCCAACUGGUUUAAGAGGAGAGCCAGUAAGCUGAUGACCCAUGUAGCGUCCCAGUUCUCCUCUUCCUAUGUGUUCUACUGGAAGGACUACUUCGGAGACCAGCCCCUCCUACCCCCGGGGUUUGACGGACGGGUGGUUCUGUAUCCUAGCAACCGCAACCUCCGGGACUACCUCAGCUGGAGGCAGGCUGAUUGUCACGUCAACAACCUGUAUAACACAGUGUUUUGGACGUUGGUGCAGAAAGGCAGACUCACCACUACACAGGCAGAGGACAGACUAAAGGGAACGUUGGCAGCAGAUAAGAAUGAGAUCAUGUUUUCUGAGUUUGAUAUCAAUUACAACAAGGAGCCUCUGGUCCACAGGAAAGGAACCACCCUCAUCUGGGAGAAGCUGGAAGAAACAGUGACCAAGAGUGUGAAGCUCCCUAACGAGGCGGGGGAGGAGGUGCUAGUGACACGCACCAGGAGGCGUGUCAGUGCCCACCACUGUGACGUCAUAGGGAACCAGUUCUGGGAGGAACACCCCAACAUUCUACAAGACGACAACUGCUGAGCUGACGGGGAACAGAGCUUUUCCUGUCGGAGAAAAACCAGCAGACACCAGCCCUUCGUGGAUAACGUUGAACAUGGACAGAGUCUAGGGGGAGUUCUUCAUACUCCCAAAUGCUUGUGCUGUGGGAUGGAGAGGGUUGAGAGCUCUCACUCUGCAUGGACAGAUACUGUUAAUAACCAACUCUUGAUUGGAACAAACUGUCUACGGUGGCUGCUGUCUACGGUGGCUGUAAAACAAGAGGUCUUUCAUAACUCCACACCAUCAUUCUCUUUGCUCAUGUACUGUAUACAAAUAUUUUACUGUGAUUAAAUAUGACUGCUCUUUUUA